AUGGCUUAUUCCGUGACAGUUGCCGCGUUGUUACACCCCUGGUCAGGAAGGCUAGAGCUUGUCUGCAGUCUACCGUUCUAUAGAGAAAAUGCGACCAGCUCCGCUACCACCACACCCAAAACCGACAUCUAUCCGAUCCCUAUACAGACACACGAGAGGAGGCAGAAGCGGUUAUCGACUGAGCUUCCAUGGUUAUUCAGCGUCACGAGAGAUGAGGCUGCAGAGGAGAUUACGGAGGAAGAGGACACCAUCAGCACGAUAGAGACGCGGAGUGAGGCGCCGAGCUCGGAAGAAACAACAUGUGAAGACCGCGAAAAAAUGAGCGAGACGCUCGAGACAACCGCGACCGGCGUCGAGUUACUGCAAGAAGAGACAUUGUUAGGUGCACUCGUCGACUUGACUAUAUCCGAGACUUCCAAGGCGGAGGAGAAGCCCAAGAAAGAAGGAGAGCCAGAAACACGGUUUAUGCUUCCCCUCACCCGCAAGCUGUCGCCCAGCCCUGAAUAUCGGAACGAGUACUUUCAGGUUGCAAAGUCUCGCGUUGCCGGCUGGGGAGCGUUUGCCACGCGAGAUCUCAGACAAGGAGACGUGAUCCUGAGAGAGAUUCCACUCUUUGUGGCAGAGAGCCACAACAUUAUACGAGAGUUUUACAAGCUCAGCGUGCAGGACAGAGAAGUUGCGCUGAGCCUCCACGCGCACGAGCUCAUCAAGGGGGAUACUCCCAAGAUUACCGCGAUCUGGCACACCAACUGGCAAGUCUCAACUUGCCGUCACCUCCAUCGCAACAACUCACUUUCCACCUAA